GUCAUAGACCGAGGAUACACACCAUAUCAGGUGCUGUUCUUGGAUGACUUGCUGAUUUUCCUUGUGGCACUUAGCAUCACUGUGUACCGGCGGACAGACAUGCUCCCAAAAGGCUGGAAACAUGGGGCCAACUUGAUUUUUCUCGGAUGUACGCGGUUUACCAGUCUUCUUUGCCUGUUCAUGUCGUACCAGUAUAUUCCACCUGCGAACGCAGAAGCCGUCUGGAACGCGAGUAUGCCGGUAUUUGUGGUGACCCUCUCCUGUAUCUUCCUUCAACAGAUUCCAACUCGAGUAACCGUCCUCGGCAGCAUGUGGUGUGUAGCAGGUGUUGUGCUUCUGGGCUACGGUAGCUUCGUCAACAUGACGUCAUCAGCUAAUACUGCAGACGUCACUCUUGGACAGAUUCUAGCCGUAACUGGAGCACUGAUUCACUCCAUUGGUGACGUCGGCGCCAAAUAUCUUCUAGAAUCCACCCCGAGGGAAAAGGUUGUCACGUACGUGUACGCCUUUAGCUCAGUGUAUGCCGGAAUAGGAGUGUUCGUUACCAGUACCACAUGGCACCUUGAACCAGUGACUGCCACAGUCUUAGUGCUAAGCUGUUGCAGUCAUGGCAUGAGCGUUCUGUUUUUCUACCUUGGUCUAAAGUCAGUAGAGGUAAAUGCUGUUACUGCAAUGAUUCAGCUGAGCGCUUUUUCGGCAUAUGGCUUGCAGUGGGCAAUGCUGGGGUUCGCUCCGACAGUCUUAGAUGGCUUGGGUCUAACAUGUGUACUGAUAGGGGCGUUUUCUAUUGUGAUUUGGGAGGCACGUGGUAGUUGGAAAGAACAAAAACACUUAGCAUUUAUGGAGCAACUUGAUUUCAAUGUCGCGGAAUUAAAUGAUAAGCAUUAAACUACAAUAUCUAACACCUUGAACCAGUGACUGCCACAGUCUUAGUGCUAAGCUGUUGCAUUCAUGGUAUGAGCGUUCUGUUCUUCUACCUCGGUCUAAAGUCAGUAGAGGUAAAUGCAGUUACUGCAAUGAUUUAGCUCAGCGCGUUUUCGGCCUAUGGCCUACAGUGGGCAAUGCUGGGAUUCGCUCCGACACUUUUAGAUGGUUUGGGUCUAACAUG